AUGAGGGUAACAGCCUGGGAGUUAAGACAAAGACUGGUGAAUUUGCAGUUCCAGGAAGACAGGAAAUCCCCAAAUGAAAGGUCACAAAAAUUUAGUUUACCACACGAAUACCAAAGACUUACUCAAGAAGAUCAGCUCCUUUACUAUCUUCAAAGAGAAGGAAUGGCCCCCCCAGUUUAUGAACAAGACCUGAUUGUUGCCAGCCGACCCAAGUCCUUUAUUCUACCAAGGCUGGACCAGUUAAGCCGAAACCGGGGCAAGAUAGACCGGGUAGCCCGAUACUUUGAGUACAAACGAGACUGGGACGCAAUGAGGUUACCUGGGGAAGAUCAUAGGAAGGAAUUACGGUGGGGUGUUCGAGAGCAGAUGCUUUGUCGAGCAGAACCCCAACCCAAGCCUCAGCACAUAUACGUUCCAAACAACUACCUGGUACCAACAGAGAAGAAAAGAUCUGCGCUUCGUUGGGGUAUUCGUUGUGACCUUGCAAAUGGCAUCGUGCCCAGAAAGCCUCCCUUCCCUCUUUCUCCUUCUUAA